AUGUCGUUGAACUCCUCGGCUUCGGCGCAGUCCAGGUCGGUGCUGGAGCGUGCCCUCGCCGGUUUCACGGCCUGUCUGCUCUGCCUCGUGUUCCUCUGGGUGAACUUCAUGAUGUUGUACACGCUCCGUUCUCGAGCCGUGUUCCGUGAGGCGGCUCGUCACGUGUUGUUGUUCCACCUUCUCUUCUCCGACACGCUGCAGAUGGUUUUGACUCAGGUUCUGUUCGUUCUGGCCUACGUACAGGUGCUCCUGUCCUUCCCGUUGUGCGCCCUGUUGGUGUUGAUGACUCACGCCUCGCACGACUUUUCGCCGCUCAUGUUGGUGCUGAUGUCGUUGGAGCGUUUCGUGGCCGUGUGUCUGCCUCUCCGCCACGCCGCCAUAGCUACACCCAGAAACAGCGCCUGUGCCUGUCUCGCUGCCUGGGCCUUCACCAUCAUCAUGAUCCUGGUACGACUGAGCUACAUGCUGCCGCCGUCCGCCCUGUUCGUCCUGAGGUCACAGACGGUGCAGACGUGUAACAGCUUGGUGCUCUACCCGACCGCUGAGUCCAGACUCUUUGACGAGGCCCUGCUCUACUCGCUCUUCCUCGCGGCAUUCCUCUCCAUCGCAGGAUCCUACGCCGCUGUGAUGAGGGCAGCGCACUCGCUCUCCACUGACCAGGCGUCUGCGCGUAAAGCUCGCACCACUCUGCUGCUGCACCUGUUCCAGCUCAGCCUGAUGGUCGUUUCCACUUUCCAUGACAUCCUGCUGGUGGCGCUGUACCGCAGCGUGUCGCGUCUCAUCUUCUCACGGGUUCAGACAGUGAUGUACAUUUUUCUCAUCAUUCUGCCCAAGUGUCUGAGUGUCCUUGUGUAUGGACUCAGAGACCCGACUAUCCGCGCCGCACUAGUACUGCACCUCUGCUGCCACAUAGGACUCAAACAAUGA